AUGGGCACCUUUGAUACUUGCUACGGAGACUUACUGGACUAUGCUGCCAAGGGAUGUUUUGAUGUGAUUGUUCACGGGUGCAAUUGCUUCUGUACAAUGGGCGGUGGAAUCGCAGCCUCUAUUAGUUCCCGCUUUCCGGCUGCACUGAAGGCCGACAGUGAGACUGCUGAGGGGGAUAGGAGCAAGCUGGGAUCAUAUACUUCGGCCACCGUUGCUAUAGGCUCCACAACAAAGACAAAUCGAAUGGCUCUUACCGUCGUGAAUGCUUAUACGCAAUACAUGUACAGGCCAACCAGAGAAACGCCCAUUCCAUGCGACUAUGAUGCAAUUGAUAAGGUAAUGGCGCGCAUCAAUCAAGAUUUUGCCGGAAAGUCCAUCGGUCUACCACAGUUAGGGGCAGGGCUCGCGGGUGGCGACUGGAAGACAAUUGAGGAAAUUAUUAGGAAGCGAUUGCAUUCCUGUCACAUAACUAUUGUGUUGUUUAAAGCGUCGCAGACGCCCUCUGAGUGA